AUGAGUUUUAAUAACCCAUUUUCAGGAGCUAGCAUUGAGUCAAGAGAAUUUGAUCAAAAGUUUCCCAACUUGAGAUCAUCCUCUCCUACUCGUGAACUUUAUGGAAACAACUUCUUCCAGAAUGAGACUAACUAUAACUUAGGAAGAACUCAUGUAGCUGAUUUGAAUGAAUGUAUUGAUUCUUUCUUUGACAAAGCUCCUGCUCAGAAUAACUUGAACUUUUUCAAUGAUCAUGAUGCCGCUGAUAAGUUAUUCUGGGAAAAAGAUGAGGGUAUGGUUGACCAAUUCAACCUUAAUGGCGCCAAAAAGAUUCACAGAUUAGGAAUGCCAGUUAAGGAAAAGGGCUCUAUUAAAAGCGAAAAAGAAUCUGAUACUGCUUGCUAUACUAAAGAUGUUGCCCACUGUGGAUUUAAGAGACCAGCUGAUGAAGUAAAUAUCAAUACCAGACAUAAUACAUCAUCUUUUGAAAAGAAGAAGUUUUUCCAUGAAGAAAUUAGCGUUUUUGAUGACAUCCUUAUCGAUGAGAAAGUUGAACUCCCACCUAUUAAUAAUGUAGUUUCUAUGUCUAUUAGAGACGAUUCAGGAGAACUCAGUGUUUGCACCAAUUCGAAGUCAAUAAAUGAUAACAAAGUACUCAAAAACUUCCUUACAGUAGCUGAUUCUUCAGAUCUUAUUGAUCUACUACAAUCAGUUAGGGAUUUGCAGACAGAGGUAAACUCUAAGAUUUCCGAGUUGUCUCAACUCUCUUCGAAAUCUUUAGGUGGACUCAGUCACUAAGCAUCCCAUUUACGUCUUUACUGCGUACCUGCACUAUAUGUGCCCUUAUUCUACGUCUUUACUCAUUACAUUUACCUACAAUUUCUUUAUCUCUUACUUC